CAAACGUAUAAUCUACUCGUUUUAUCAUCACAAAAGCCCCAAAUUACUAAUUCUGCGCAAUUAAUUCCCUUACAUUUCUUUUAAAUUACUAAUAUAGAAGUUUAGUGACUUUCAUCAGCUUCGUUAUUUCGCGCAGAAAUGUAAAAGCGCCAUGUUGGUUGUAAAUAAUAUGCCCCAAGGGGAUAUGCCAUUUUAUCGACAAAGUUGAUUUGAGCGUGUAUUUCGUGCAUUCGAUAUCGCUGGGCGAGCAAACCUUGCAUAGUGCAGUAGUUGCAUUACAGCGCGCCAGCGUUGCAAGCGACCAUGGAGCCAUUGGAGGCUCAACCAGAGCCAGCGCCCCCGCCCAAAGACAUGAAGUUCAUCUCCGUCACCAGCGACGAACUUACCGAGGAACAGCGCAUGAUGUAUGAGUCCGUACUCGCCACGUGGAAGCCCGUCCUCUUCCCCAAGCAACCCAAGCGGUACAUCUGCCAAAAAUGCAACAAAGAGUUCAAAAACUAUCAAAACCUAUACCUCCACACCACCAGAGUACACUCCACCGAAGACUCCGCUGUGCUGUGCGACAUUUGUGAUAAAACCUUCAAAAACAAACACUACCUCUACAUGCAUAGGAUGAAUAAACAUUACUCCGAACACGAGAAAUGCUACUGCCAAUAUUGUCUACAAGAAUUUAGAACUAGACGCGCUCUACACAUGCAUGUAAAGAGAAUCCAUCCUGCGACGCUACCAGAAAUCAAAUGCCAAGAAUGUGGAAAAGAAUUCAACGUUCCUUAUAAACUGAAAUACCAUAUCGAUAGAUGCCAUAAGAUUGAUAAAGAGAAAUACAAAUGUCCGAUAUGUGAAAAUUAUAAGAGCCAUUUAAAUUUGAACAGGCAUCUGCAUUUUCAGCAUUCGCAAGUGGAGAGACAUCCGUGUGUGUUCUGCGAUAUGACUUUUAAGUCGCGACAUCAUAUGAAAAGACAUAUUUUAAACAUACAUCCUCCAUUGGAAUCUAAAGUGCAAUGCCCGGAGUGUUCCAAAGAAUUUAAAAACGACCAAUACUUAAAAGAACAUAUGCAGGUCCAUUCUUCUUUGGAUACUAAAGUGAAAUGCGAUUUGUGCGACAAGUACUUUCAUUCCGCUAUCCGUUUGAAGAAGCAUAAGAAGAUCGUGCACCCAGACAAGCCUAAAUUACGUUGCGAGAAAUGUGACAAAGAGUUUGCGCACGCGCAUUACUUGCGACGACAUAACAAUUCAGUGCAUGUAGAAUUAAAAGAGUCCGAUUACCCGCACGAGUGUGAGCAGUGCGGGAAAAAGUUUAAAAUAAAAAGGUAUCUCAACAAUCACAUGCAGAGACACGAACAGCAGCAUUUGAAGAGGAUAUCGAUGAUGGUGAAGACUGUGAUGGAAGACGGCAAGCCGGUGGGAAAGAGAGGGAGAAGGCCGAAGCAGCCGCCGAAAGAGAUAGAGUUCAUUAAGUGCGAGCCGGUCUCGAGUUCGGAGUCGUCGGGUGAUAGUGAGGAUGAGUCGGACUCGGAAUAAGGCGUUAUUUGUAACACCCAAGUUUUCUGUACAAAAAUACGGGAAUUAUUGCCCUGCGGGAAUGAUUAAUACCAGAGCAGCUACUAUGAAAAAUCCUUACUCACGCAGGACUUUUUAUGUAAAGUUAAGCUAGAAAAAUGUAGUCACGGGCGAUAACUGAUAACGCAAGUCAUACUAGCCGCUCUGGAUUUUGUCAAAGUACGGCCAUACUUCGUUGUACCUUAUAUGUAAAUAGAUUUUAUUGUUCUCUUGAGUGUAGAUAUAAAAUGUACCUAUACCUAUUAUUAUAAAUAAAUAAUUUAAUUGCAAGUUGAAUAUUAAGGAUACCGUUUAGGGUUAAGUUGAACCUAUCAAUAAUGGUGAACUACCACCUGAUUACCAGCAGCUUGCCUAUUUUAUUUAAAGGUGUUGAUGAAAAAAAUUACUAUUUCUUGUCUAUAUACUAAUUAUAAGUUUUUCUAACACGAAUGAAGAUUUUUUUUACACACAAUGAAAUUGAAUUGUGUAUAUUGUACACUCAAGGACUGUAAUUUUGUAGCCAUUUGGAUGUCACAAUAAUUUUGUUACUUAUGCCAUAA